AUGCAAAAUAAUAAUUCUACAAAUAAUGAUCAUUUUAAUGAUUGUUAUGAGGAUAUAUCAAAAUCCAUUGAAGCAAUUCAAUCAAACCAUUUAAAUCAAUCUAUUAAUAAUAAUGAUAUAACACGAGAUAUAAACGAUACAAACAAUAAUGAAUUGAAUUUAAUGAAACGAUCCAAUUCAUGCAAAUUGGAUUCAUUGAACACUUCUACAUCAUUACCAUUGAAACGAUCGUUUCCAUGUGAAAAAUCUCAAUAUCAUAUUGGUUGGAGACCAGUGACUGCAUUUAUGACAAAUUUACAAUCAAAAUUAUUGAAUCAUUCAAAUGAUUUAAAAUCGGAACAACCAAAUCAAUCCACUGAACAGAAAUCAAAUAUCAAUCAUUUAGGUCGAUUUAAUAUUGGUUGUCCAUCUGGAUGUAAUUCAUCUAUAGCUGAUGUGAUAGUCAAUGAAGAUUAUGAAUUCUAUACAGAUAUGAUACAGUCAUCAGAAUUAUUAAAUAAUCAACAAAAUCCUAUUCAAUCAGAAUCAAUUACAUAUAGAAAUUGUCAUCAAUUACCACAUUAUAUGGAAAAUGAUCAUUUAUCUAAAACUUGUACAGGGACUUCAAAAGCUCCAGUAAUUGUAAGAUUAAAUGUUAGUGGUACAAUAUUUCAUGUAAGACAUAGUACAUUAAAACGUGAUCCAUUUGUCUAUGGUAAAAUGUUAGAAGAUGCUAUAUGGAUUGCACAAACAAAAGAAUAUUAUUUUGAAAGAGAUCCAGAAGUAUUUCGAUUUAUAUUAAGUUAUUUAAGAAGAGGUGAAUUACAUUUACCUCAUGGAAUGUGUGGUCCACUUGUUGAAAAAGAAUUAGAUGAUUGGGGUAUAGCAUUAGGUUUAGAUAUUCAAAGAUGUUGUUUAGGUCCAGUCAUGGAAAGUAAAUCAAAAUUGGAAUCUUUACAUAGAUUUGAAGAAAAAUUAGAACCAGAAGCUGUACAACCAGAUUAUUGGAUUCAAUCUUAUCGUUGGCAAUUAUUUCGUGAAAAAAUUUGGUCUGUUAUAGAUAUAUCACCAAGACUUAUACAUUCACGUUUUAGUAAUUAUAGACAUAGAAAACAAUAUACACCUAAUGAAUUAUUCUGUAAUGAUUAUAGUUCAACAAGUGAUCAAUCAAAUUCCAAUGAUAAUCAUAGUUUUAAUUCAAAUCAGAAAUCAAUAAAUCCAAUCAAUCAUUAUUCGAUUAGUAAUGAACAAUCUGAUGAUAGUUUAGAAUCAAAAUCAUUUCAUUUAUCUACAACAAUUCAAUCAAUUCAUCAUUGUUGUCAUGAAAAAAUCAAUAAAUAUACAAAAUGUUCUAGUUGCUAUCCAAUGAAUAAUCAUGAAUCAAUUUAUUUAAUAUGGUUAAGACAUUUUUAUUUUAUUUAUGAAACGUUAAUUAUAACAUCCGCUGUUGGUGUAUUUAUGUUAUCCACAGUGAAAGAAUAUCGUAUCCCAUUUUAUAUGAAUAUUACUGGAUAUACAGAUGCUUAUAAUGAUACCAUUAUUGAUUAUACAAAUAAUCAUUUAGAAAUUAUCACUUUAUUUAAUCAAUCGGAUAAAACAAAUUAUAGUUAUUUUACAUUACCAUCUAAAUGGCUUGUACAAAUGGAUAUUUUCUUUUCUAUAGCUAUUACUAUUGAUGUAUUAAUACGAAUGAUCUUUUGUCCAUGUUUUCUAAUUUGGUUCUUUUCAUUAUCUACAUUGAUUGAUAUUUUAUCCUUAGUACCAUUCUAUUGUGAAUUUAUCUUUUAUGAAUUAGUUUAUACUUAUAAUAAUGAUAAUCAUUAUCAUACUAAUCCAGAUUCAAUAUGGUGGUUAAUUCGUAUUCUCAAAGUAGAAGAAUAUUUUAUCAUUUUAAAAGUAUUUGUUGUAUUAAGAUUAUUUCGUUUAUUAAGACGACAUAGAGGGACAAGGGUAUUAUUUUAUACUAUACGGACAACUAUUACAGAUUUAUCGAUUAUUAUUAUAUUAAUUUUAGUAAGUGCAUUAUUUUUUGGUGCAGCAAUUUAUUUUGUGGAUCCAACAUUUACCGAUAUACCAAAAGGUUUUUGGUGGGCAUUAAUCACUAUGUCUACUGUUGGUUAUGGAGAUUUAGUACCAAAUAAUACAGGAGGUUAUAUAGUUGCUACAGCAUGUAUUAUAUUAGGUACAUUAUUAGUAUCCUAUACAAUACCUGUAUUAGUGAAUCAUUUUUUAUUAUAUUAUGCACAUGCUGAUCAAUUAUCUAUGGUGAAACAAUUACAUCGUACUGCUAAACGUAAAAUACGAAAUAGAAAAAUGUCACGUUAUUUACAAAAAGCUUUAUUCAAUGCUAAAUCUAUAGUGAGUUCAACAAUGACAAAUGUUAAUAAUAAUAAAACAUAA